UCAUCUUGAGAUUAAUUAAUUCCCCUGUGCUAAACAGUUACAAACUAUUUAUCAAACAAACAAAACAUGGAGCUAAAGAAUGAGGAAGAAAUUACAACUGUACUAUGGGAGUUUCUGUUAUUAGAUUUAACUCUGCAACAUUUCAGCUAUCCUUCUGAAUACUACCAGGAAUUGAUCUCUGAACAAAGUGUUCCGAGAGUCAACAUAUUUUGUCGGUAGGCCCUUUAAUGCAGAAGGUACAGUUCUGUUGACACUGAAGACGCCUCGGAGUGUGCCCGUCUGUGUGUGUGCGCGCACUGGAAAUUGCUGAUGGCUCAAAUGGAUCGCAUGGAACUGAAAAAAGUCAACAUAGAACUUGAUGAGGAGAGCAACAGUGGUGAAAGUACUGAAGACAACUACACCGACAUGGGAGAUCCGGAGAAAGCCACCAUUAGCAGUCAGUUUGUUGGUGAUGAUGCAGAGAGUCAGAAGUUCCUUACUAAUGGCUUCCUGAGUAAAAAGAAACUGGAAAACUACACAGAUGAAUAUCAUCCGGGAAAUAUUUCAUUUGGGAUAUCAGCAUUUAACCUGAGCAAUGCCAUCAUGGGCAGUGGCAUCUUAGGGUUGUCAUAUGCCAUGGCCAACACUGGAAUUGUACUUUUCAUAAUCUUGAUGCUCAGUGUAGCCAUAAUGUCUCUCUAUUCAGUUCACCUACUACUGAAGACGUCCAAAGAAGGAGGCUCACUAAUAUAUGAAAAAUUGGGUGAGAAAGCAUUUGGAUGGCCUGGAAAAAUUAGUGCUUUCAUUUCUCUUACGAUGCAGAACAUUGGAGCAAUGUCAAGCUACCUCUUUAUCAUUAAGUAUGAACUCCCAGAAGUUAUCAGAGCAUUUCUAGGCCUUGAAGAGAAUUCUGGGGAAUGGUAUCUUAAUGGCAACUACCUCGUAAUAUUUGUUAGCAUUGGAGUUAUCCUUCCACUCUCCCUUCUAAAGAACUUAGGCUAUCUUGGCUAUACAAGUGGAUUUUCACUAAUGUGUAUGGUGUUCUUUCUGAGUGUGGUGAUCUACAAGAAAUCCCAGAUACCUUGUCCACUCCCAGUCUUGGGCAAUGGCAUUGGCAACUGGUCCUCCAAUGGUACCACAGCCCCGUUACAUGUAGUAAUGCUACCCAAUGACUCUGCUAAUUCAGGCCUCAAUUUAAUGUUGGACAGCACCCACAAGCAAUAUUCAAGUUUUGAAGAAACCAAUGACAAGCUCCAUCAAAGUGCAGUCAAAUAUGAAGCCCAUGAAGAAGACAACGACAUGUGCCGACCCAAGUAUUUUGUAUUUAACUCACGGACUGCCUAUACUAUACCAAUUUUGGCAUUCGCAUUUGUGUGCCACCCUGAAGUAUUACCCAUAUACAGUGAGCUGAAAAACCGAUCUCGAAAACGGAUGCAAAACGUUUCCAAUGUCUCCAUCACUGGGAUGCUUAUCAUGUAUCUGCUUGCUGCCCUGUUUGGUUAUCUUACUUUCUACGGUGAGGUAGAAGAUGAAUUGCUUCACACAUACACCAGAGUGUACACGUUUGAUACUCUGCUUCUGAUGGUCCGCCUUGCAGUACUUGUAGCUGUAACCCUGACUGUACCCAUAGUCCUAUUCCCAAUUCGUACAUCAGUUACUGCCCUUUUGUUCCCUGGAAGGCCUUUCAGUUGGAUAAGACACUUUCUGAUUGCAGCUGUUAUACUUAUAUUCAAUAAUAUCCUAGUCAUCUUUGUCCCUACUAUUAGGGACAUCUUUGGAUUCAUAGGUGCCUCUGCUGCCACAAUGCUGAUCUUUAUUCUUCCUGCUGCCUUUUAUCUCCGAAUUGUCAAAAAAGAGCCUUUCAGAUCACCUCAGAAGAUUGGAGCCCUGGCUUUCCUCAUUGUUGGCAUCAUCUUCAUGAUUGGGAGCAUGACUCUAAUUGUCCUGGACUGGAUUUAUAACUCUCCUGGUUCCAAUCAGCAUUAAUCUGAAAGGAAAUAGAUACUGCGUCUUUCCUCAUGGAAAUGGUUGAAUGCCAUCAUCCCAAAAAAAAAAAAAUCUACAAAAACUUUUUGACAUACAGAAGAGGACAUUACUUCUAGUCAACAUUUCCAAGAUUCCAAAGACUUUGUUAGUAAUACCACUAAGAGGAACCUAUGGAAUAUUCAAACACCCUUUAAUAAGGGAGACUUAUUUAUGUAUCGAAGCCUGAGCCAAACCUUUCUGGACCAGGUUAGGAUAAAAAUGUGUGCUAGCAGAUGCACAAAAUGAAUUAUGUAUAUAAUCCUCAGAAAAUACUGUUCCUGUUACUGUUUUUCUGAUAACCACAAUUCAUAGAAUCUUUUGGAAGACAACAUAGCUUCUUGAAAGUUAGCUUAGUGCCUUUUUAACUUGCCACUGGGUAGGGUUUAUUAUGUAAUAUUUUGUACCCUGUUUUGAGAAAGAAGCUGGGGUAUUUAUGAGUUGUUCAGAAGUGGAGAUCCUCAAAAUCCUAAGCCCAGUUGCCAAAAUGUAUAUAUAUGUAUGCAUAGUGUAUAUACAUAGAUACAGAAGGGAAGAGAAAAUAAAUGAAAUAAUUGUUCUUUAAGUGGUUGUUCAUGAGGUUAAUGGGUACAAUUGUGCUAGAAUAUCUAGCCCUAAAUCCCGUUGUUAGUCCCAAGUACUAUAGUCCUGGAAUUCACAUUAAUGUUGACCUCUCAAGUUCACAUUAUAACUGAGUCUAUUGUAGUUGAGACUAAUAAUUGGUUUUAGGCCAUAAACAUUAUGUGGACUUACCUUUCUAAUUUACUUCUCAAGGGUGGUAACAGGAAUGCCUACCAUUAAGGGAGUACCACUAUACUAAAUUAGUUAUCAUACUCAUUUUCAGAAAUCUUUCCAAUACAAAUUUUGUCACAUAGAUUAGUCAUAAUUGGUUUGGGGAAAACGUAACAGUCCAUCUGACCAAUCAUGCUUCAGAUUUAUAAAACCUGCCGCGCCAAAUAAAAUUGUUUCUUGCCAUUUCAGAACCUCACCAGUUGAUGGAGCAGUGCUUACAAGUGAAAAAUGAAUCUUGGCCAAUCACUUAGUAAAGCUGUUCAUGCUCUUUAAUGUAUUCAUAGUUAUAAAGCUAGCACUUGGGAUCACUUUGUGGGUGGAUGCACAUGUUGUUCUGUUGCAAACAGUCUAUUCAGAAGUAAUCUCUAUCCUAGUGAUAAGAUUUACAAAAGCUCAGAAUGUGGAAAGUUAAAUUUAAAAAGCAUUUCAUUCUAGUUCCAUCUGGAUAUUUCUCAUUCAGCAGCAUGAGGCACAGAGCAAACCAGCACUUAAAUCAUGUGAUAUUCCUACUCUUAAUAUUUAGUGAGACCACACACCCCAUAUAACUGAUAGUAACUAAAAUAUGAUUAUGCAGCAAAAAGACUCAGGCUAUCCCUCAUUAAAUUACAAUAAUCAUGUUAUGUAGCUACACUACUUUUACUGGGGACAGGAAUCAAUUACAAGUAACUUAUUUCUUGUAAAUAUUUACUGUCAAGGUGUGGAAGCACUUAUGUAGUAGCUGUGAACAAUAUAUUGGUAACCUCCGUGCCUCUAUAAAAUCUUCCUGGUGGUAACUGGAUGAGAACCUAAAUUGACUACAAUGAUGAGAAUCCCAUGAUAAGCACAUCUCAUCAUGUCAGCUUUCCUUUAAAAAGAUCCCUCCAGAUACUUUGGACUUAAAUUACUUUGAUUGGCCACACCCAAAUUACAUGGGGCUGAUGGGAGCUGCAGCCCAAAACAUCUGGAAAUCACAAUGCUGGGGAAGCCUGAACCAUGACACUUGUGGAAUUUUUUAGUGAGCAAAGCCAAAGCUUGGAAAGUUACUUUACAAAGCAUACCCACAUAUAACCCCCACCGAGUUAGCUCCUUUUUAUUAUUUUUAAAAUCGGAAUUCUACAAGCCCUGGGCCUGUGGUACAAAACACAGUUUUCUCCCAUCAAUCUUGACAUCAGAGCACUCACAACAAAACACGUCACAACUCAAGCCAGCACUUAAAUUAUACGAUAUUCUUUUUCCACCACCAAGUACUGUUACUGAACCACAUAACUAUAAGAAUAAUAUUUAAAAUAUAUAGUUCCAUUGCAAAAAGAGUAAAAUUAAUCUUUAUGAAGCUAUGAUCAGAAUGUAAUGUAGUUAUACCACAAUUUGGGGUAAAUGAAUUAAUUUCAAAAAACUAGUUGUUUGAACUAGUUAUUUCCAAGCUCUGAGCAAAAUAUAUACACCCAAAGGCAAUUCCAUUUUGAUUUAAAAUACUGAUUAUGAUGAAUCUCUGUUUAUAGUUUGUCUUCCACUGUAACUCAGAUGGAUGGUAGAGGAUCACAAGGAAUGUGAAAGCACAUUAACCAGUAUUGUUUAAUGCAUUUUUCUUUGAUAGAAAGGUCAGUGCAGGAAACUGCGAUCAUUGCUAUGUAUGUACUAUAUAAAUAUUUAUGUAUAUAAUCUUAUUCUAUCAAAUGUUCUUGUAUGAUACAGUGUUUUAAUUUUUAUAUAUCUAUUUGUGUAGCUGUUUUCUCAGCCAUAAGGUUUAUAACAUUUUGAAGAAAAAAGACAUUGUUCUGGUGGGCUCAGAAAAGUUAACUUUAACAUACAUGUGUUUGAAAUUUCAUCUGUGAAAAUCCAAAAGCUUAUCCUAGCAGAACAAGAUGGCCGAAUGUGUUGCUAAAAAGAGUUACAACAAUAAAUUUCAAGAAUUCAGGGUUA